AUUUGAGUAAACUCCAAAUGAGCUCCAACGUGGAAUCAAAAAGUUGAAUAAUUAAGGUUUUGUGGAUAUUAUGAAUUAAACCAAUAGUUGUUUUAAGUUAGUUGGAAUCUAAAUAAUUGAAAAUGGCUCCUCCACAGAAGGGCAAGCAAGGUACCAAAGGUGCUAAACAAAUUGUUGAGGAAAAUGUUGCCACAUUAAAGUUUUAUAAAUAUAUGGCAAUUACAUCUAAUGCAGUUUCCCUAAUAAUAUUAUAUUUACUUAGUUCUCCAAUAAGUAUAUUACUAUAUAUGUUUGCCUGUGCUGUAUUUAUUGGAUGCUAUCAAUUUAUGUCAUAUAUGGCCAAAGCAAAGUAUUCAGAGACAGGACAGCUGUUAGAUAGUGGAGUAGACCUAAACAUGGAAGGAGGAAUUGCAGAACAUAUCAAAGACAUCAUAAUUCUUACAUCAGGCUGUCAGCUCCUGGCUUUGAUUUCCAAUUACUUCUGGUAUCUUUGGUUGCUAGCACCUGUUUAUGGAGGUUGGAUAGCUUGGAAGAACAUUAUACAGCCAUAUAUUACCCAACCAACUGCCGCUGAACCAGAAGCAAAUGAAAAGAAGCAAAAGAAGAUGGAAAGAAAAAUGAAGAGAAUGCAGAGAUGAUUGUAAAUGAAUUUUUGCAUGAGUGUGUCAGUAUGUGCGUUUCAAUAUUUAUUGAAUGAUAAUUUGUUUGAUUCUAAGGUUGUGGAAAAUGUAUAUAAGAUAGUAUGUAAAAAUUGUGUAUGAAUGUACUUUAUAUAUAAGUAAUAAUUGGAACAAC